AUGGCGAUGACGCAACUUGCUUCAUCUACACCUCCUACCAGCUCCGGCAUGAAUUCCCCUUCGAGCGCCAAUUCCAGCACCUCGAAGUCAGAGAUCCAAGCGUUAUUGGGCCAAUUCGAUGCACAGAUUAAUAGUAUGAAGGAUUAUCCAGCAAAGGACACGAUCAAUGCGUUGACAAAAUUGGCCGAGCGUGUACAAUUUGCUUGUGAUAUUGUUAGCUUCUUGGAGACGAAGAUCCAUCGGGUUGCGCCGAACUGCAAACUACCAAUCUUCUACCUGACGGACUCAAUACUAAAGAACGUACGAGGGCCGUAUGUACCUCUCUUUGCUGUCAAGAUUGUGCCGCUCUAUUGCAACUGCGUGCGUCAGGUGUCGGGCAAAGACCUGAAACGAUUCGUUCAUGUGCUGAAUACGUGGGAGGCCACAUGCAUGUUUCAGAAGGAAGCCAUUGUGCAAAUGCGCGGUGCAGCAAAUCGUGCUCUACAACAGGCCGAUCCGUCAGCUCACUUGGUACCUGCGAGCAUUAACCAGGAAAUAGCGGCACAACCAACUCGGACAGGAAUUGUUGCACCCAGUGCAAAGCUGGAGCAGCAGCAGGAUAUGGAGCUACGGUCGCUGCUUACGAAGCUACAGAAUGAUAUGGGAAUUCAUCCGACGGAGCACAUGAGUCUUGAAGAAGUGCGGACAAAUAACCCAGAAUAUUACAACCAGCUACUCAAUUUUCACGCUGCUUCAAGGCUUGAACAGGAAAACGCACCGCGAGGACCUGGUGCCGUUAGUGCACCUCCUCAAAGUGGUAGGCAGCAAUCUCCUUUGCUGCAAGCUCCUGCGGGCAGGAGCUCUCAGCGUUCUUCUCCUCCUCACGACCCACGGGCCAUGGGGGCAGGCCGGCCGCGUACACAACCAGCUCUGACGAUGCCCAUCGCGGCGCCGGUUUCUCGUGUAAAAUCUGCUAGACCAAGCGCAACUAGUAAAAGUGGAUCCGGCAAUGGUGUCGGAGCAGCCGCAAAAUCUUCAAAUGUUGCUCAUUUGAUGCAGCUUCUGAAACGCAAACAAUGUGCUCCUUCACCACCGCAGCAGCCAGCUCAAGAGAUCACUAAUGACCCUCCUCGUGCUCCUGAUGCGGCAGCUGUCAUGUCGAUCCUGCAGAAGUUAAAGGGGAUGUCGAGCGGAAACGCUUCGUCAGGACCGUCAUCUUCUCACGCACCGUCACAGCAAGUUAAUCAGUCCCACCAACCACAACGGCAAGGAAAUCAGCAGCAGCUAGCUCCGCUACGUAGCGAUAAUGCGUCACGCAUGUGGUUUAGCGACAAAAUUGUAGCUCACAAGGACCGUGUUGAGUCCAACGUCCAAAAGUUAUAUGCAGCAUUGCCGCUUGUGUGUCGCGAAAGUGGGUUGCGAUUCCGUGAGCAAGCCCAGUUGGAUGCGCACCUGGACUUCCUCUUCCAAUACAACCGUGCUCGAAAAGAGCGAGGCAAAGGCGGCGUGUCACGAUCAUGGUACCCAGACGAAGACCAGUGGGUGGCCGAUUUUUCUGGUGACAUGGCACCCCGUGAGAGCACAAGCAGCAGCUUCUUCGACCGCUCACAAAAAGAAGAUGAGAAAAAUGCAGGGGAGCAGGCCGCAUGGGAGAACGCGCGUGUGCCUGUCGUCGAGACAAUAACUCGCUGUCAAAUUUGCGGCGAGAACUUUUUGAAAAGCUGGGAUGAAGAAGAAGAGGACUGGAUGUAUACUAACGCGGUUGCCGGGACCAUUCACAACGUUGGUCCCAGUGGUAACGAAGAGCAGGACACCAUCUUCCACAAGUACUGUUACGACACAGUGAUGGCGAAUUCGGAGCAUAUCACCCCCGCACAUUUGAUCCCCGCAGAAAGAGCUGUGGCACUCAAGGGAGCGAAAUCAGAUGAUAGUAUGAACGACAGCAGUAGCGGCUUAAAGCGUUCACUUGAAGAUGAGGACAGUGAUAGUGACGGCGAUGAUGAUGUGAAGCGGGUGAAAACUGAUUGA